UCUCCAACGCUGUCUGUCUCAAUGUACCAUUCCCGGAGAAAAGGAAAAAGGCAAUAAUACGCAAAAGAAACAACUUUUUUCGCAUUUAUACACACGCGGCCUGUCUAUGAAGGAAUUGCUGUCACGGUGGAGUCUGAUCUUUGAAGCCGCGGUGCGUUCAUGUAUCUGAAUGCACAUGUGUAUCUACCAUUCGGAUUCAAAAGGAAUACAAAGCGGCGGCUGACUGGAGCCUAUGCCUGCGAGAAACGGGAAAAUACCGAAGAAUUUUCUUAAUUUCGGCACAAUCGGAGCAAUCGGAACCAAUUUAGGAGUUACCUUACGCGUCGUUGUUCGCGACUGGAAGGUUUACAGAUGUGAAGAACGACAGAAAUUAGAGUAACCGAAGAAAAGCCAGAGAAGGGCCUUUCGGAUUUGGACAAAACCAGCAAGCAACAACCAUCGCUGAAGAGGAGGAAAAUAGAGGAAAAAAAUUAAAUUAUUUCUGGGAAUAAAACUGGCCAUCAUAGUGUCAGUAGCAACAACAUGGUCAAUUUACGGAUUUAAAAGGAGUUUAGUCAAAUCGGGAAACUGUCAAAUAAUACACAUGCAGUCAUUUUAGUGUAAAUAUUUAUUUUUAUUUUUUCAGGCUCCUUGUCUCUCUCCCCCGUCUCUGUGUGGAGGAAGACGGAUUGGAAGGAAAUAAACAGAAAUAUAAACCCUUCCAAAUGGAACCGUUUAUUUUUCAACAGCGAUAAGAAAAUUCUUGUUUGUGCAAGCAGGCUAAAGGAUUCUCGACGAGAAAUAAAAUCGGGUUUGGAUUUCUGUUAGCUAGCUGCAACCGUACGACCUCUCCGUGGCUAGUCGCGGGAUGAAAUUAUUUUCGUCCUUUUUGAAACGAAAGGUGAAAUAGACGCAGAUUUAGUACAAACGAAUUGUUGAAUUGAUCAAUAGUGUGCGUACAUUUAGGCCGAAAAACACACAUAUCAUAGAAGAAUCAGCCGUCUGAGAAGACGGCCCGGGUGUCGUCAUCAACGCUAUCCAACAACCGUUUUUCAUACAGUUCUAUUUAAUAUAAUGUACUCAUAAUAACAAUAUAAGCAAUAUUCUGAGCAGGAAUUUGGAUAACAAAAGUCAUAGUUCUUUAGAUCUGAGCGUUAGCUUUAGUAGGCCCUAACGAGCGAUAUGUCACAAAUCAUUGUCAAUGUGUUAAUUUCGUGGGCCAAUUGAGGGAUUCCGGAUCGUUUAGUUUUUAAAUUCCCCCUCCCCGUAACCUUUGUUUUUGUGGGAAAAUGGGUUGUUUGGGCAACAGUAAGACCGAAGACCAGCGAAAUGAAGAGAAGGCACAAAGAGAAGCUAACAAAAAGAUCGAAAAACAGUUGCAGAAAGACAAACAGAUAUACCGAGCAACGCACCGGCUGCUACUGCUAGGUGCUGGUGAGUCGGGGAAGAGCACCAUUGUCAAACAGAUGCGGAUCCUGCAUGUCAAUGGCUUCAAUGCAGAAGAGAAAAAACAGAAAAUACAGGACAUUAAGAAUAACAUAAAAGAAGCGAUAGAGACCAUAGUGGCAGCCAUGAGCACCCUGGCACCCCCUGUCCAGCUGGCCAGUCCAGAGAACCAAUCCCGACUCGAGUACAUCCUCAACUUAGCCAAUCAGAAGGACUUCGAGUUUCCAUCUGAGUUUUACGAACACACGAAGUCCCUGUGGCAGGACGAGGGGGUGAAGGCGUGCUUCGAGCGGUCCAAUGAGUACCAGCUGAUAGAUUGCGCACAGUACUUUUUAGACAAAAUUGACAUUGUGAAGCAGAGUGACUACACUCCCUCUGAUCAGGACCUUUUGCGAUGCAGAGUGCUGACCUCAGGCAUUUUCGAGACGAGAUUCCAGGUGGACAAAGUCAACUUCCACAUGUUUGACGUGGGCGGGCAGAGAGACGAACGGCGGAAGUGGAUUCAGUGUUUUAACGACGUGACCGCCAUCAUCUUCGUGGUGGCCAGCAGCAGCUACAACAUGGUGAUCCGGGAAGACAAUCAGACCAACCGCCUGCAGGAGGCGCUCAACCUCUUCAAGAACAUCUGGAACAACAGGUGGCUGCGGACUAUCUCCGUCAUCCUCUUCCUCAAUAAACAGGACCUGCUCGCCGAGAAGGUUUUGGCGGGAAAAUCCAAAAUUGAGGAGUACUUCCCUGAGUUUGCACGCUACACCACGCCUGACGAUGCGUCUCCCGAGCCCGGGGAAGAUCCUCGUGUCACCAGAGCGAAGUAUUUCAUCAGAGACGAGUUCCUGAGGAUCAGCACAGCGAGCGGGGACGGACGCCACUACUGCUACCCUCACUUCACCUGCGCCGUGGACACUGAGAACAUCCGGCGCGUCUUUAACGACUGCCGCGACAUCAUCCAGCGCAUGCACCUGCGGCAGUACGAGCUGUUGUGAUCGGAGGGGGCGGAGAGACAGACUCUGUGACCCCACCCCCAUGCCCUUAACCCCGCCCC